GCAGUGCAAGUUUGCUGUGCCAGGAUCUGUGAUGUGCCCACGAAGCAGUCUGGUGUCAUGCUUCUGUCGGCUAAGAAUUCUGCAGUGAGGGAGUUGCAGCUAGCGGCCGCAAUGGAGAUCCAGCGGUUGUACGAGCGCCCCGCGUCGCACCGUGCGGCGAAGAUGCUAGUCAGGGGUGAUUCCGAGAAGAUCAAGCCCUGCGACAAAAGGGCGUAUUUCCGUCUCGACUGGGGCCGCUGCUCGGAGAAACUUUUCAUCCCCGUCAAGGGCCCUUCUUCCGACGAGAUCGCCGUGACUGACGUGGCAGAGUGCAGGCGUCUCCGGCUCAUCAAGGGCGUCAGGAGCGCCAGUGUCGCUGGCAGUCAGAUGGCCGACAAGGUGCAGCUCGGCCGCGACAUUGGCGCAGUUCUCCGCCGCCGCGCUGCGUCCACUCUUGUCGCGGCCGUCCACGAUGCCGACGUCUUCGACUCCGCCCGCCCCAGCGCGGGGGGAUUCCCUGCAAUCGGCACGAACGACGUCGACGAGAGCGUUGGGCAGGUCUUUCAGUGGCCCAGGGCACGAAUUACCACCGCGCUGACAACACCUACCUCCCCGAGCAUGGCGACAGCACGGCGCGACAACUUCGAGAAGGACCUCGUGCAGCGAGCAGGGGCAAUCUUCGAGACGCGCGAAGGGGCCGCCGAUCUCAACGGCGAGGCAUCGCUUUGCACCCCGCUGGGGAUCAUCGACGAUGCCGGGCAAGCAAGCGAGGUAACCGCAAUCGUGCCCAUGGUGCGCGUUGUUCGCAGCGGGGGCCACCUCGUGGUAGUCGGCGACCCCCGGCAACUCUCCCCCACCGUCCUGUUCAAGAGGGCUGCCGACAUGGGCCUCUCCCUGACCUUCUUCGACCGUCUACAUGACUCGCUCGGGUAUCAACUGGGGGAUCAAGGAAGCGCAUGCGUCACCCUGGUCCUUAUCUACCGCAUGCGCCCGUUCCUCAUGUUCUUCUCUUCCAAGGCGUACUGCAACCGUGAACUCCUCGGCGGGCGCGCCAACCCCCUCGCAGACCGCCCCCUGGCGCCGCGCCUAACCUGGCCCGAAGUGACUGACCUCGACCCUGGGCGGUGUGAAUCCCUGUCUGGACUGCUCGGGAUCUGCGUCGAAGGCCCGAGAGAGGACUGCGACGGGCCCCGCCCCCGCGUGCUGAGCGCGGACUCGGAAGGCGCCCGCCGCACUGUACUGGUGGACAAUAGGUCCUACGAGCUGACCUCCCCCCCCGCCGAGGGGUGCGCCAACGUCCCUGAGGCCGCAAUCACCGUUGAUCUCGCUCGGGCGGUGCUACCAGAGCUGGGCGAGGGCCUCUCCGUCAAGGUCAUUGUCCCAUGCAGGCUGCAGAAGGGAAUUCUCGAGGACGGAUGGCUGCUCACCCCCCGGGUCCUGCAAGUUGCGAUGAAGGGCGACAAGUGCUCCGAC